AGGGGAGGCGGGUGUUGCUGGUGAAGGGGGGGCUGGUUCGGUUCUACAAACGCCCGGGCCUGGAGCGGUUGCUGCUGCUGCUGGAUCAUCUGAGAGACAGGCGAAUGGCGAGCCUAGGGGGAAGAAGAGGAAGGCCGAGAAGAUCUCGAAGGAGAAGGAGGUCGACAGGUCGCCUCCCACGGGCAUCUCCAUCAAAGACAUUGCCGGUGUGGAUGACACCCUGGACAAGCUUCUGCACGAGGUGUGGUUCCCGCUCUGUGCGGGUGAAGCCUGCGCCAAGAUGGGAUACCGUUACGACAACGGCGUGCUCCUCCACGGCCCCUCGGGUUGCGGCAAGACCACGCUUGCUCACGCCGUCGCUGGCAGUGUUGGCGCCGCCUUCAUCCCCGUCUCCGCGCCUUCCAUCGUCGGCGGCACCUCGGGCGAGUCAGAGAAGAACAUCCGCGAUGUCUUCGACGAAGCUAUCCGUCUCGCCCCGUGCCUCGUCUUUAUCGACGAGAUUGACGCCAUUGCUGGCAAGCGUGAGAGCGCCAAUAAGGGCAUGGAGGGCCGUAUCGUGGCAGAAAUCAUGAACGGCAUGGACCGCAUCAAGCAGCAAACCCCACUCGGCAAGAACGUCGUCGUCCUGGCCGCCACCAACCGUCCCGACUUCCUCGAUCCUGCCAUUCGCCGCCGCUUCAGCGCCGAGAUCGACAUGGGCAUGCCCAAUGAGCGCGCCCGCGAACACAUCCUCAAGUCCCUCUCCCGCGACCUCAACGUGGCCGACGACGUCAACUUUGUCGAGCUCGCCAAGCUGACCCCCGGCUAUGUCGGUUCCGAUCUGCAAUACGUUGUCAAGGCCGCCGUGUCCGAAUCCUUCCGCGGAAGUCUCGACGCCCUCCUCGAAAAGGCGCGCCAACUGCGCGCUGCCGCCGCAGAAGCCGCCACUGCCGCCAUCACCUCCGAGUCUCCCGAAGACCACGAAGAGCAACAAAAGCAGAUCCAGAAGGAGCUCGACGACACCCUCACCGGCAUCUCCCAAAAACAGCGCGACUGGCUCCUCCUUGAGGACCACCGCCAAGCUUCGUGGUCCGACAGCUGCAUCACCAUGGCCCAAUUCCGCCUCGCCGUCUCUCGCGUGCAGCCGGCCUCCAAGCGCGAAGGCUUCAGCACCAUCCCCGACACCACAUGGGCGCACGUGGGCGCUAUGGACGAAGUCCGCAAGAAGCUCGAGAUGAGCAUCAUCGGCCCCAUCAAGCGGCCCGAGCUGUUCACCAAGGUGGGCAUCAAACCCGCCGCCGGCAUUUUACUCUGGGGCCCGCCCGGUUGCGGCAAGACUUUGGUCGCCAAGGCUGUAGCCAACGAGUCCAAAGCCAACUUCAUCUCCAUCAAGGGCCCCGAGCUGCUGAACAAGUACGUGGGCGAGUCCGAGAGAGCAGUCCGCCAGCUUUUCGCGCGCGCCAAGUCCUCGGCCCCCUGCAUCCUCUUCUUCGACGAGAUGGACGCCCUGGUGCCCAAGCGCGACGACUCGCUCUCCGACGCCAGCGCCCGCGUCGUCAACACCCUGCUUACGGAGCUCGACGGCGUUGGCGACCGCAGCGGCAUUUACGUCAUUGGCGCGACGAACAGGCCGGAUAUUAUUGACGAGGCGAUCAGAAGACCGGGCAGAUUGGGCACGAGCAUCUACGUUGGGUUGCCGAGUGCGGAGGAUCGCGUGGAUAUUCUCCGCACGCUUUACAGGAACUCGAUUGCGAGGGCCAAGGCUUCGCAGGCGGCUGCUGCCCCUCGUCCUACGCCCACUCCUGCCGCGGGAGCGGGAGACGCGAUGGACAUCGACGGCGGCUCUGGCUCUGUUCUGCCAGGCCAACAAACGCCCUCGGCCACGGCGGCCGCCAUGGACGAGACCAUGCGCGAGGCCGAGAAGCAGUUGGAGCGUGUGGCGCUCGAUCUGCGCUGCACCGGUUUCUCGGGUGCCGAUCUGGGCAACCUGAUGCAGGCGGCUGCCCAGGCUUGUCUGGAGAGGGCGUACUUGAGCCAGAUGUACCAGUCUGAUAAGAAGGGUGUUCAAGUAGAGGAGGAGACUCUGGUGACGGAUAUGGUGGCUAACCCGGUCAUCACGCCGGAGGACUGGGAGAAGGCGCUGAAUGAGGUCAAGCCUAGUGUGAAGGAUCCGGAGAAGUAUGUGGAUAUUGAUUAGAAGAUGGGAUUACAAGUACGUGGCGUUCUACGGUUAUAAAAAAUGGUUUUAAUGUUUGAUUAUGUUUGAUGUAUCUUUGUUUGGGUAGCGGAAACGAGAAAAUUGCCAAGUACAAAGUUCGCGAGUCGUUUUGUGUCUCGCAGAGGUAGAAGAUAAAGCCG